ACAACAAUCCUAUUCCUAUCUCUCUCGCAACCUUAUUUUCGAAUUUAAAUUCCAUUUUCACUGAUUUCUACUCCUCUCCCUCUCAAAAUCUCUAAACCAAUUCAUCAAUUGUAGAUUGCAGAACUUUCAAUUUCGUUUCUCCUGAACCACAGCAAAUGGAUAUGUACAUUCGCGUUAAGCGUGGCAAGACAACGUAUUUCAUCCGGUGCAAGCCAUCUGAUAAAGUUCUUGACAUAAAGCAGAAGUUACAAGAACUCAUCGAUCAACCAGCUAAUGAUCAACGAUUAAGUCUUCCUGAUACAGGGGAAAUAUUAGAGGAUUCUAAGACUCUGGCUGAUCAAAAGAUUGAAACUGAUGCUGUUGUUGCAUUGACCUUGAGGAAAGAUGAUAAUGAGUUUGAGGAGGUCAACAUUGUUCGACCAAAUGAUUUCUAUCAGUCAAAUGCAGAGGGUGCCAGUUGGUAAUUGGUGACUUGGUGAAUUCCAUAAUGACUAGAAACGACAUUUUCAAAUGAUUGAUAAUUUGUAGAGAUAAAUGAUGAACUUGUUUACAUUACACCGAAACUUUGCCUUAGGUAAAUAUGGCACUCUCUUACUGCAAGGGUUCUAUAAUGGUGAAUCAAAUUUGUGGUUAAACCUAUGUGAUGCAAUAGGACUUAUAAUAGGCUCAGUUCAUCUAGAAGACACAAGCCAUUUACAUAGUAUUGAGGGAGUUAAAGUUUGAGUUUUCUUAAAAAAUUCAAUACAUGGUUUUUUUACUCUGGUUAUUUUAUUGAGCUUUCUACAUUAUUGUUUGCAUGUUUA